AUGGUCACUUGCGACGAGUGUGGUCGUAGCGGCCACCCGAGGUGCAUGCAACUCGAUUCCGCCGCCGAACUCAUGUACUCCUACCCUUGGAAAUGCGCAGAAUGCAAACCUUGCGAAGUGUGCAACGAUAAGGAGGACGAUGUACGAGUUCGCCUUGAAACUCAUAGUCCUUUGUUACCGCUCACACAUAUUUCUAGGGCCGCAUGCUGUGUUGUGAUUCCUGCGACAGAGGUGCGCUGGAUUGGUCUGCCCGUUAUGAUAACAUCUAACGGCAUACCAUAG